AUGUCGUCUGCAGUAGCAGAGCUGGAUUCUAUCCUGCAGUCCAUGCUUAGCCUCAAACCCCCAGGAGUGUCAGGUUCCAAGAUCAGUGCAAUAACAUCUCUUUGCACGGCCAACAUCCAAUCCGAGUCGGUCCUCAUCCAGAAGAUCUACACCCACUUUAAAAAGACGCCGGGCACACACAAACUGGGGGUUCUGUAUGUUGUAGACUCAGUAACGCGACAAUGGGUAGACCAAGCUCGCAAGGCUGGUCAGCAAAUUGGUAGCGGAGCAGCAGAUGGAACAUUCGCUGCCGGCGUGAAUCGAGUAACUGAAUUACUUCCCGUGCUCAUGAACGACAUCAUCACCACGGCCCCCGAAGAUCAAAAGGUCAAAAUCAACAAACUCCUAGAAAUCUGGGAUCGCUCACAAACAUUUCCCGCGCCGCUACUUUCUUCACUCAAAGAGAAGCUUAAUGCGCCUCGAGUUUCCACCACUCCUGAAGGCUCCCCAGCCCCUGGUUUUGUCCCUCUUGGCCAGCAACAGGCAGCGACAGCAAUGUCCGCCACACAACCUUCAACAGCGCCAGCUCAGCAAGACACUUCGGCCAUCCUCGAGGCCCUCAAGAACAUGGCAAAGCAAAAUGCUGCCGCGCCGCAACCCUCUGCUGUACCCGCACCAGCUAGUUUGAGUAGUCUCUUAGGCGCGCAAACCGGGACUCCUCUACCGACCAGUACCGUAAAUCAAAGCCCAGCUGCUGCUGGUGGCAGUGUGCCAGGUGUAAACCCUCUUGGAGCUUUGCUCGCUGGAAUGAAUAACGGGGUCCAAAGCCAGAGUCCUGCCAAUGUGCCGCAGAAUCCACUUGCUGCCUUUCUUCCUCAGCCACAAGCUCCUGUGCCGAUACCGCAAAACCCUGUUUCUAUAAACCCAGAUAUUCAGGCUCAGAUGCAGCUUGUGCAGCUCCUGGCUGCUCAAGGGGUUCCCCCCGAUCAGUGGGCGACAGCUCUUCAAUUGUUGAACAUGCAGAAUGCCGGCGGCAGUGCUAAUGCGAUGCCAUUCCAGCCGCCCAUCCAAGCCAACAAUUGGGCUGCUCCAAACGGCGGUCAGUCACGUGAUGCACACACCCGGUCUCCUCCGGGCCAGUACCGGCGCCGCUCUCGCUCGCCUGGCUAUGACAAAAGACGGGAACUGUCUCCCAGACGCCAUCGGGAUAGUCCAGGAGCGGAUCAGUACCGUGACCGUGAUGGCAGACGUGGUAACGAUUAUCGCCAACGAAGCCCCGGUAGAAGACGACGAUCGCCGAGCCCUCAAGGUCAUGAUCCCAGUCUGCCACCACCUGGACCCAAGAAUGUCACGUUCGACAGAAGCUUGCCCAAGGGCCACAUCAAAGUCUACAGUCGAACGCUCUUUGUGGGAGGAGUCACUACGGGCGAGGCUUCUUUGAGACAAGUCUUUAGUCAAUUUGGCAUCGUCCAGACAUGCAUCGUCAACAUCGACAAACGACAUGCCUUCAUCAAGAUGAUUAACCGACAGGAUGCAGAAGCUGCCAGGCAUGGCAUGGAGGAAUACAAGCUGGGCGACUCCCAGCUCCGAACCAAAUGGGGUGUCGGUUUUGGACCGCGUGACUGCAGCGAUUAUUCCACCGGUGUCAGUGUAAUUCCUAUCGAACGUCUGACUGAAGCCGAUCGCAAGUGGAUGGUCACAGCUGAGUAUGGCGGCACUGGAGGCCAACCCAUUCAAGAAUUCAUGGUGAUUGAAGAGCCCGACAUUGAAAUUGGCGCCGGCGUGUCGUCUAAAGCUAUGAGUCGACGGAUUCCCACUGACUCUGGUGGUCGACGGGGACCUCAAUCUUCUCGUCAACACGGUGGCCGUGAUGAGAGACGCCGUGACGACGAUCGAAGAGUCGACAGGGACGAACGGUCUGCUUCUAAUGGCAACACUGGAGCGAUGGCACCAAUGGGUUUUCCUAUGAAUUUUGGAAAUGGCAUGCCUAUGUUCCCGCCAGGCUUCCAAUUCCCGGGUAUUCAACAGAAUCAACAGGAAUAG